UCAUGUAGUUUGAGCGCCACCUGAUAAGAUAAAGCGACUGAAAAAGAGACUAGGGUUAUACCCACAUGGCGGUCAAAGGUCAUCGUGAUUGAACGAUGGCGGGCGGUUCGGCUGGAAAUUGGUGCUUAAUCGAAAGCGAUCCAGCAGUUUUUACAGAGCUGAUCAGGGGAUUUGGUGUCGCAGGUGCGCAAGUUGAAGAGAUAUGGACGUUGGAUGAUGAAGCCAGCCUUUCAAGACUCAAACCCGUUCAUGGCUUGGUUUUCCUGUUCAAGUGGCAAGCUGGGGAGGAACCCUCGGGAGCUGUGGUCCAAGAUAGCCGCAUGGACAAAAUAUUCUUUGCCAAACAGGUCAUAACGAAUGCUUGUGCCACCCAAGCCAUUCUCAGUAUCCUUCUGAAUUGCCAGCAUGAGGAUGUCGACCUUGGCAAGAAACUCAGCGAGUUCAAGGAGUUCACCAGCAGCUUUGACCCCACUAUGAAAGGACUGAGCAUCAGUAACUCAGAAGUCAUCAGACAAGUCCAUAAUGGAUUCUCAAGACAGCAGAUGUUUGAGUUUGAUUCCUCCCUUGCCAACAAAGACGAGGAUGCCUACCAUUUUGUGGGUUACAUCCCAAUCAGCGGCAGGUUAUAUGAACUGGACGGGCUCAAGGAAGGACCUGUUGAUCUCGGGAAAUGUGAUCCUGAUGAUUGGUUGAAGACAGUCAAACCAGCCAUUGAACAGAGAAUAAAAAAAUAUAGUGCUGGGGAGAUUCACUUCAAUCUUAUGGCGAUCAUCUCGGAUCGGCGGAUGAUAUUCCAGCGAAAGUUUGACAAGUUGAGAGCCCAGCUGGAUGCGUUAGAGACACAGGGUGAGGCUAUGGAGACUGACCAAUCAGCAAGUGAUCCACAGACAGCUGCGAGCAUCCAAUCAGAGCUCAGCAGAUUGACCAUGCUUCUUGAGGAGGAGGAUCACAAAGCCAAAAAAUUCAAGGUUGAAAAUAUCCGACGGAAGCACAACUACCUACCAAUGAUCAUGGAGCUACUGAAAGUACUGGCAAGUAAAGGGGAAUUGCUGCCCCUCGUUCAGAAGGCAAAAGAGAAGGCUGCAGCCCAAGCCAAGGAGAAAGAGAAAGACAAGAAGGACGCAGAAGUUGCAAAGUGAGAUAAUCCUUCGAGCUGUUUCCACGACUACCUUUUUUUGUUUUGCUCUGAGCGUGCCCAUUCAGACUAGGCUCAACAUGACACUUUAAUAAUCCAGAAGUUUGUUUAUUAUUGGAGAGGGGUGCUUUAAUCCGUAUACAGGGGAUUUCCUGGUGGGAUUAAUAUUGGAUUAUGGGAUAAGUAAGGGAUUAUCCUGGAGAUCCGCCCACUGAUGUGAUGGACUUGGGAGGACCCCUGCUACUGACCUGAUCGGACUAAUCCCAAAAUGCUCCCUGAACUUCCUUAUCCUAAUCCAAUUUUUGGAUGAAGAUUUUUUUUUCUUCAAAAGAGAGACUCGACCAACUGGAUUACGAGUUGACCUUGACCUAGUCCUUCAAGAAAUUGCGACUUUGAGGGCCACUUUUAUGGAGUUGCUCGCGAAAAAUAUACUGUUUAGCGGAUUUUCUUGUGGAGCUAAUGUCAGCUGGUAACCGUUAAUAUGCAGUGUUCAUUAAUCACAUGAUAUGUUGAGGUAUAAAGGUAUGAUGGGUACCAGUGGUGUAUUCAGGUCCAGAUGAGGCAAAGACCAGUCACAGACUUUCUCGUACAUUUGUCCCUCUUCAGAAACAAAUGCUUGUAUAUAUUGGAAGUUACCAUGUUAGUGUUACCAACAGGCAACCGAAAUAAGCAUCUUCUGCAUCUUAGUGUGCCCACAUUAAAAGGAAUAUACAUGUACAACAUUUGUGACCUGUUCUGUCAAAAGCAGACGCUUCUGGGCAGAGGUUGAAAUUGAGAUAGGGCCAAAAAACACUGUGGG